UCCGCCUUAAAGUGGCUUGUGUGGUAAGAGUCUGUCAAACACACAUCAGCUGCUGAGGAGAGAACAAGAUCUGUGAAGCAAACUCUGUUUACUAAGUGAAAGUGGCUGAACUUGACUCAUCCGCAAAACAAACGAAAUAUUUCGAGUCUCUGCCAUGGAUGAAAAUUAUGAGAGCUUCACAGAUGUGUCUGAAGAUUAUUGGGACUUUGAUGGAAAUGAGACCAAUAGCUUUGCGUCUUCAGAAGUGAGGGUGAUCUCUCUGGUCGUCUACUGCUUGACAUUUCUCCUCGGAGUCCCAGGAAACUCGUUCGUCAUAUUCAUCGCAGGAACGAAGAUGAAAAGAACUGUUAAUACAAUCUGGUUUCUCAAUCUAGCCACUGCCGACCUCCUGUGCUGUCUUUCCAUACCGCUAACUGUAGCCGAAAUCCUCCUAGACCACCAUUGGCCAUACGGAUACGCCAUGUGCAAAAUUCUCCCCUCAGUAAUAGUCAUAAACAUGUUCGCCAGCGUUUUUACCUUAAACAUAAUCAGCCUGGAUCGCUUCACACAGGUUAUCACUCCAGUUUGGGCUCAAAAUCAUCGAAGUUUAUUGCUAGCGCGGCUAUCUUGUGUUGCGGUAUGGAUUUUGGCGUUGCUGCUCAGCUUGCCCUUCAUGAUAAUAAGACGAACUUAUGAGGAGUUUAACAUGACAGUUUGCACUUUUGACAUCGAUGACGGUGACUUUACGACAUAUGGAGCUUUGAGCAUCGUCAGGUUUGUGUUUGGCUUUUUAAUUCCUCUAAUAUCCAUCGUGACAUGCUACGGAAUUAUCGCGCGCAAGUUGGGCAGUCGUCAUUUCCGCAGCGGCCGAGCAUUUCGCAUCAUGCUGGCUGUUAUUGUGGCUUUUUUCCUGUGCUGGAUGCCGUAUCACAUGUUGGAUUUGAUACGAAGUUAUGGAGGGGAAUCCAGCUCAUUGGUGGCUUUGAAAGUGGAUCCGUUGGCCAUCUCUUUGGCGUACGUGAACAGCUGUCUGAACCCCGUCCUGUAUGUUUUCAUGGGGCAGGAUUUUAAGAAUAAGGUUCAGCUUUCACUAAGGCGUGUGUUCGAACGGGCUUUCUCUGAGGAGGGAACACAAAUAUCGAGAUCCACACAGUCACAACAAAUGCACUCAGUGUUGUGAAGAUAUUGUACGCUCAAACUUUCAGAGUUUGAUCUGUUUGGCUAAAUUGUCUGUACUGUAUGCACUUUCAAACAAGUCUCUUUCCAUUCGCUCUUAAUUUUUUAAUUGUCUAAUGCAAAUUGCAUCCAAAUGUUUUUGGUGUGUUUUCUGAGGGUAUCCUUCUCUCGUUUAAACUGUAAUUUAAAACUUGCAAAGCACAAGUACACUACCUGACAAAAGUCUUUUUACCUAUUUAAGUUUUAGAAACAGCAAAUAUUAACUUGACUUCUAGUUGAUCAUUUGGUUGAU